GGCAAAUGCUUUCAGUAUCGCCUCUCUGAUUUCAGUCGCCGCCGCCGAGCAAGCAGGGAAAGGAGAGCUGGAGGAGCGCCGCGGCGGCCGCAGCGCGCCCGCCCGCCCCGGCUGCCGCCCUCAGAAGAUGCACUUCAGCACCGUCACCAGGGACAUGGAAGCUUUCACGGCCAACAGCCUGAGCAGCCUGAACGCCUCCGGGGGGUACCACCUCUCCCCCUCCCCGGGGGACCCGUACGGACAGCAUGAGCCGCCGCACUACGAGCCCUGCACGGCUCAGCAGCACCCGCACCCGCCGCCCCAGCCCCAGCACGGCUACCCUUUCGGCGGGGCGGCGGCGGCGGCGGCCGGGACCAACCCGCCGGCCCCAGGCCCCGAGCAGCCCGAGGGCGCCGGUGGAGCCGCUGCCGGGCCGGCCGCAGUCUCGGGCUGCUCUGCGGGGGCGGCCGCCGCGGCCAAGGCGCCCGUGAAGAAGAAUCCGAAAGUGGCCAACGUGAGCGUUCAACUAGAGAUGAAGGCGUUGUGGGACGAGUUCAACCAGCUGGGCACCGAGAUGAUCGUCACCAAGGCAGGCAGGCGCAUGUUCCCCACCUUCCAGGUGAAGAUAUUUGGGAUGGACCCUAUGGCUGACUACAUGCUCCUCAUGGAUUUCGUCCCGGUGGAUGACAAGCGCUACCGGUACGCCUUCCACAGCUCCUCCUGGCUGGUGGCUGGCAAAGCCGACCCCGCCACCCCCGGGAGAGUCCAUUACCACCCGGACUCCCCGGCCAAAGGGGCGCAGUGGAUGAAGCAGAUCGUUUCCUUCGAUAAGCUCAAGCUGACCAACAAUUUGCUGGAUGACAACGGGCAUAUCAUUUUGAACUCCAUGCACAGAUACCAGCCGCGUUUUCACGUGGUCUACGUGGACCCCCGGAAAGACAGCGAGAAGUACGCGGAGGAGAACUUCAAAACUUUCGUCUUCGAGGAGACGCGCUUCACGGCAGUGACCGCCUACCAGAACCACCGGAUCACGCAGUUGAAGAUUGCAAGCAACCCUUUUGCCAAGGGAUUCAGAGACUGUGACCCUGAGGACUGGCCCAGGAACCACAGGCCAGGGCCUCUUCCUCUCAUGAGCGCUUUUGCCAGAUCCCGGAAUCCAGUCUCUUCCCCAGCCCACCAGAACGGGACAGAGAAAGAUGCAGCCGAGAGCCGGCGGGAGUUCGAGCGGGAGGCCGGCGGGACGGUGCUGCACCAGGCCGAGGCCGCGCACCAGCAGCUCAUGUCCCGUGUGCUCAGCCCUGCGCUGCCGGGCGGAGGCGGCGGGCUGGUGCCGCUGGCCGGUGCGGGCGGCGGCCGGCCCAGCCCGCCGCACCACGAACUGCGCCUGGAGCCCGCCGCGUCCGAGCCGCUGCACCACCAUCCCUACAAGUACCCGCCGGCGGCGGCCGCCGCCUACGACCACUACCUGGGGGCGAAGAGCCGGCCCGCGCCCUACCCCCUCCCCAGCAUCCGCGGGCACAGCUACCACCACCAUCAUCACCACCACAUGAACGCGGCGGCUGCGGCGGCGGCGGCCGCCAACAUGUACUCGCCGGCCGGGGCACCCGCCGGCUACGACUACGGGCCCCGGUAACGGGGCACCGGCGGCACGAGAGACACCGCCCUCCCCCUUCCCGCCUUUCCCCCACCGCCGCCUUACGAGUGAGCUGAUUGGCCAGCUUGACCUGAUCGACAGCCAGACAGCCCAAUCGCCGGCAGCCGGGCCCCGCCCCGCGCCCCGCCCUGUGGGGGCUGUGAGGGCGGCGGUG